AACUUUAACCCGAUCUAGAUAUCUCCUAAAAACAAGUUCGAUUCCUAUUUCUCCGUGAGAAAAAAGUUCCAUGCUUAUUUCUCCAUAGAUCUCGCUUUAAUUGGUUAACAAACUAAACCUUAUAGAAAACCGCUCAAACCGAUACCAAACCACUUAUGUCAAGUUUUUCAUCUGAUUAAAACCAAAAAAAAAAAAUUGGAUCCUUUUUCUUCGUUUCUUUUUCAUUGUUUCACUUCUGAUUCCAGAUUUUUGUGAAAAAAACUGAAUUACCAAAAACAAUUUCCACUACAUUAUUCACAUCUCUGUUUUUGCAAACACCAUUAACCACAUUAUGAAGCAGGCCACAAUGUUUCUUAUCUCCGUCUCCAAAACAAGGUGCUCCACCGUGAACCUCUCUCCACUCUCCUCACCCAAUCCAUCUCCAAGCACGUCGAACAAAUCCAAUAAUCUUCCUAAAAAGCUUCCUACAUCGUCGCAGCUCAAUUAUUGCUUCACCACCGUAAUCAGAUUUGGUUUCAGCCUCCGUAGAAUCUUCAACGUCUCGAUUUCGUUUCCGGUGAUGUCGUAUAACCAGUGCUGCAUCCAAUGAACAACCAACCACACUACCACAGCUUUGCCUUGUCUUGUCCCGAGUUGACUCGGAUCGAUUUGGUUUCCAAUUGGAUAAAAUUGAACUGGAAGUUAAACGAUGACGCGAAAUCGGCAAGUCUCUGGCAGGUUGAAGCUAGUAGAUCGGAGGAGAAGCCAAAUCGAUUAGAGUUUUUGAAGAUGUGAAACAGAUCACGUCAAAAUGGAUGAUAUGUAGAUCGGAACUGCUGCUACAUAGAUCUGCAGUCACCAUCAUCAGAGCUGACAUCAUCACAUCACAGUUCCCCAUCAUCAAAGGGAGAAAGCCGAAGGAAGAAGAAAGCCAUCGGGCUUCCUAUUUCUUUCACAUAUUCAAUAAAUAAAUUAAAUUAUUUUAGUUUAGGUUUAUUUCGGUUUAGUGAUUCGUUAGUUAGUUGGUUUAAAACAGUAUACCAAACAAACCGACGUGUGUGGGUAAUUAGAUGAAAAUUCUUGUUUUACCGGGGAAAUAGAUUUAGAACUACGGAUUAGAGGAGAUAUACGUUGAGAACUAUUUUUUCAAAGAUAUCUAGAUGGGGGUUAAAGUUCGGGCUCUAUAUAGAACGAUAUGAUAGUUUUUAGGGGUAAAUAGCUCGUUUCCCCAUAUAUAUUGUUGUAACUUGUAAUUCUUUAAUACAGGACCACGCCAAACACUGGUGCUUCCUCAGAAUUUGCAAACAACAGAUCUGAGAAAUGGAAGAAAACAUAAGAAACUUAAUCGAGGUAUGGAUCUAUGCGUUAAUAUCUUUAUCCUACUGUUAUUUCAUAUCAUCUAAAAUCUCCAAAGGUGUUCUUCGUCUCCUCUCUAUCCUUCCAAUCUGCAUUCUGUUUCUUCUUCUUCCUCUGUUACUCUCUUGUGUGCAUUUUUGCGCCAUUUCAGCUCUGUUUCUCUCAUGGCUCGCAAACUUCAGACUUAUUCUCUUUGCCUUUGAUCAAGGACCUUUGUGUCCACUUCCCCCUAAACUCUCCCGUUUCAUAUGCUUUGCUUGUUUACCCAUCAAAAUCAGACAAACCCCUUCUCCAGAUGCGAUCAAGAAUCUUCGUUGUAAGAAUGAACCUAUGCCUAAAUGGGUCCUGGCUGUCAAAUUUUUGGCCUUGGGCGUCUUGUUACAUGUCUAUGAAUACAGGGAUGGUUUGCCUCGGUUUGUUGUCUUGGCUCUUUAUUGUCUCCAUUUAUACCUUGAGGUGGAACUUGUCUUGGUGUUUGUUGGAGCCGUGGUAUCUACUCUUCUUGGCUGUGACAUCGAGCCAGUGUUCAAUGAGCCCUACCUAGCCACCUCUUUACAGGACUUCUGGAGCCGCAGAUGGAACCUCAUGGUUUCAGCCGUCCUACGCUCAACGGUACACAUCCCCGUUCAGCGUUUUUUCAAACACUUACUCCAUGCCGACGGGGCUACGUUUGCUGGGGUCUUGGCCUCGUUCUUUGUCUCAGGCGUGAUGCAUGAGCUGAUCUUCUUUUACAUGAUCCGCCAGCCUCCAACUUGGGAAGUCACUUGUUUCUUUGUCUUGCACGGUGCUGCAACAGCCACUGAGAUAGCGGUGAAGAGAACACACUGGUGGAGGCCACCGUACCGGGCUGUCUCUGGUCUUGCAGCGUUGACGUUUGUUAGUCUUACGGGCGUUUGGCUAUUCCGCCCUCAAAUACUGAGAAACGAUGUUCAUGAGAGAGCGAUUGGUGAAUGUUUAUCAGUUAUUGACUUUGCCAAACGCAAGUUAUUCACUUCUCCAUGAUUCUUUUUUGUUUUUUUUUUUCUCAAUGCAAAGGCUAAAUUUAGUUUCUCUUCAAUGUGUGAAAGAAACCGAAUAUAGAAGUGUGAGACACGUUGUGUAGAGUAUGAAGCGUUCUUAAAGCGCAACAAAACUAAAUAAUAUGGCUUGCAGAAUUUAAGAAAA